AUGCCCAAGAGAGCCAAACCUCGGUCUACGGAUGUCUCUCUGAAUUACCUCAACAAUGUCAACGCAGAACCCAAGAGACGCCGCACAGUUAAUGAACCCAGCAUUUACGAUUUCCCGACCUCGCCGGAACAGUCUCAAGACACGCGAAAGGCUCGAGACGCCCGUCUCAGCGAGCCAGCGACGCGCUUUAGGAACCUAAGGAAUCGCCAGAAGGGCGUUGAUCCAUCGCAGCAAACCGCGACCCUUCGUAGCCCUUCCAACGAAGAACAAGAGUCACCCAACGAUGUGCAGUCCGUGGCCGACGACAAUCAGUCUGAAAAUAUUGAUGAAUCUACGGGGUCACAUGGAACCCAAAACGGGACGGAAAACAUUGGCGAACAUCAGGCAGACGACAGCGACGAGGGGCAGCCCACUUCACCCGUGCCUGCCAUCCAUUCCAGUAUUGAAGACCUCUUCCUCCCCAAAGGCGCCCAGGAGGAAGGUCAGGAGCCUGGAAUUGGCGGGUUUGUAUCUAUCAAUGGCCUGCGGCGCGGAAGUUCUCGCAACUCCCGCUCUCGACCCCAUGCUAGCGACCUCUUCCCAGCAAAAUUACCCGAGAUGGCCGGGGCGCAGAAUGACGGAGAUGAAAAUAUUUCGCCUGCCUCUGUGGAUGGUUACUCCCAUGCAAAUCACGGCAGCAGCGAGUCUGUUGAGUUCGAUAUUAGCGAAGAAAUCGUGAAGGAACGGCCGAACAGUGACAAAAAUAGUGUGGGGGAGGAUGAGGAGGAGGACGACCCAGACGAGGAAAAUCCAAUCCAUCAUCCCGUGAACCUCUUUUCGGAUGAGGCCGAACCGGAAGCCCAAGAUGGACCAGAUGAGGAUGCUUCCGAAGAAUUCCACAGUCCAAUACCUGCACGAUACUCUGCCAGCCAGUCCCUCGUGGAGGUGCAGGUUCCUAUCCGUACGAAUGGUUCCUGGAGGGAUGGCACACGGAGAAGUCAAGCGGGGACAAAUAAAUCACUGUCCUCGCAAAAUGGAUACAGGAAUCAGGUACCGGAGACCCCGGCUCAGCCCCGUCGAAGACGAAGAGAUCACGCCACUCGCAAGGACGAUGCUGCAGAUCGGCCAACGGCGUCGUCCAGGAGAAACGAAUCCCCAAACCGACGACCUUGCCCUGUUCCGGUCGAGGAUCACGAGGUCCGGCUCGGUAUUUUUUCUUGGCUCAACGAUACCGUGAAGGAAUCUGGAUUCAAGGAGGAUUGGCAGAUAAUUUGCCGACCGAGGAGAGUUUUGAAACUACGGGCCGAUUUCUUCAUGAAAGAUCGUUUUACAGGUCCAAGCAAGCUUAUCCAACGUCUACGCGACCUCUAUAAAAUUAUGGCCCGUGAACCCUAUGCAGCCAACUCCUCCAUGACAGACCAGUGUCGACUCAUCGCCAACAGCAUUUUCAACGAAGGCCAGCUAGUUCUCAUCGAGGAAGCCCUGGAGUAUGAAAAUGAAGAAACUGGCGGACAUUUGAUCAAUCAGUUUGAAGCAUAUAUUGUGCCUGACUUGAUCAAGCUGCUCAUUGUGGCGUUCAAGACCUACAAGACAGUGGGAGACGACGCGAAACCACACCUCCGCAUUGCGCUGGAUUUACUCUGGGCCAUAUGUCACCGGAUAUCUUCUAUUCAAGAUGUUGAUGAUCGCAUUGGUCCUUACGUACAAGCUACAUCUCAUGAGGUCCUUUCGCAUAUCAAGGUCGUCAAAGAUGCACUUAACGAUGGUCGACUGCAUGAAGGACUUAAUCUGGCCAACCGAGUCCCCAGAAGGUACAAACAUUUUGAACUGACAGAGGUUCAAAGCAAUAUUACUUGUGACCCGUGGACCGGGUCAGAGAAACAGGCACUCCUGGAAGGAUUAAAUGAGUUCAAUGAUGAUGAAGACACACUUGUUGAUCUAAAGUGUGACAUGAGAUAUGGACCUGUGCUCGAAAGGCGUACUCUCAAAGAUCUACAAGCCAAAGCACAGCGACUAGGGCUAUGA